AUGAGUGAUCGGUGUGAAUCAGUAAGACAGAUGGCAUCACAUUCGUUCGCUACAUUGAUUAAAUUGAUGCCUUUGGAGGCUGGUACACAGGACCCUGUCGGUAUGGAUGAAGCAACGAUUAAGCAAAAGAAAAACGAUCGGAUCUUCCUUGAACAGUUACAAGAUACUAGCAAACUGAAUAGUUAUUCUAUUCCUUUUCAAGUUAAAGCAGAUCUUCGCAAAUACCAAAAGGCGGAUAUGGGGCUUGGAAAGACCUUACAGGCUUUAUGCAUGAUCGUUAGUGAUCAUUUGACAACUGACGCCAAGUACAAGCUGGAUAAAAAAACAGAAUGUAGGCCACUACCAUCAUUGGUUAUAUGUCCACCAACGGUAGUAUAUCAUUGGUGUGAUGAGGUUGUGAAAUUCUGCGGCUCAAAUCUUAUGUCCCCUCUACCAUUCAUCGGUACACCGCAAGAACGUGAAAGCUUGAAGAAGAAGGUCACUUCGAAAACUUUGGUUGUUUCAUCUUACGAUAUUGUAAGAAACGAGUCAAACUUUUUUACGUCUAGGAAUUGGAAUUAUUGUGCUUUAGACGAGGGUCAUAUUAUAAAAAAUGGUAAAACCAAGAAUAAUGUUCUGGAAUUAUGGUCGCUAUUCGAUUAUCUUAUGCCCGGCUAUCUUGGAACAGAAAAACAAUUUAAUGUUAAAUAUAGUAAACCGAUCUUAUCGAGUAGAGAUGCAAAAGCUAAUUCAAAAGAGCAAGAAGCAGGUGUUUUAGCUCUUGAAUCUUUGCACAAACAAGUUUUACCAUUCAUUCUAAGGCGUAUGAAGGAAGAUGUUUUACAGGAUUUACCUCCUAAAAUUAUACAAGAUUACUACUGUGAAAUGACUUCGUUACAGAUGGAAUUGUAUGCUAACUUUACUAAAUCGAGAGCAACAGAUGAAUUAGAUCUUGACCUGUCGUCACUGGAAGAGAGUAAAAAAGAACCCUCAAAGAUGCAUGCCUUUCAGGCUUUACAGUAUCUUAGACUAAUUUGUAACCAUCCAGUACUCGUUCUUAACGAGAAGCAUCCUCAGUAUUAUGAAAUAACAUCAAGGCUUAGUAGAGAAAAUCUAGAGCUCUCAAGUAUUCAGCACUCUGCGAAGCUGAUGGCCUUGAAGCAACUUUUAUUGGAAUGCGGCAUUGGCAUACCAACUACUAAUGUCGCUUCUGUGUCAGUGAUGCCUGUCGUGGCUCAACAUCGUGCACUCGUUUUCUUUCAAAGCAAGGCUAUGAUGAAAUUAGUUGAAGAAAAAUUAUUUAAGGAUAAAGAUUCGACUGUUGCCUAUGUCAAACUUAGUGGAGAUGUCAGUAUUAAAGAACGGGCAGAAAUUGUAUCACGAUUUAAUAAAGACCCCUCUAUAGAUGUUAUGUUAUUAACAACGAAAGUGGGUGGAGUGGGACUAAAUCUCACUGGGGCUGAUACUGUAAUAUUUGUUGAACAUGAUUGGAAUCCAAUGGCUGAUGCUCAGGCAAUGGAUCGUGCUCAUCGUAUUGGCCAGAAAAAAGUUGUUAAUGUUUAUCGGUUAAUAACUAGGAACACAUUAGAAGAAAAGAUCCUAGGAUUACAAAAUUUUAAGAGUAAAAUAGCUAACACAGUUAUUUCACAAGAAAAUGCCAGCUUGAUGUCUAUGGGAACGAAUCAAAUUGUAGACUUAUUUAAAUAUAGUACUGAAGAAAAUUCGAUAGAAAGUAAAUCAAAGCAAGGUGGUGAGAGCAAAAAGAAGGAAAAUGUUAAAGCUAUUUUGAAUAAUCUAAGCGAUUUAUGGGACGAAGAAGAAUAUAAGAAGGAAUUUAAUUUAUUUAAAUAUAUUAAGAAUUUUGAGGAUAAGGAGGCUUAG